AUGCUGUUCACCACCAGGAGGGUUAGCAGCUCAUGCACCGGAGCAAUGACAUCAGAUAUGGCUUUGUCGGCAAUUGAAAAGACAGUCAAUAAUUCUGAACAGUUCAAAAGCGAGGUGGAAUUCAAUCUUGUGUCUGUUUAUGGGUUGCGACUUGAAAUGAUCAAGUGGCUCUUUUGCUUGCACUACAAGAUUUAUAUUUUGGUCUGUGGGGUGGAGGACCAAGGCCAUGAUGACUACAGUGUCGCUCCAGCAAUUGAAAUUCAAAAUGAAGCCUUGCACAUGGCAACAGUGAGAGAAAAGACUUUGACGGCUGACUACAGAAGCCUUCUUACUUCUCGGGAACAAAAAUGUUUGAACGAUGCCAAAGCUGAAUAUGAACGCCUCUACAAAGCGCCUCCAGAGAAAGACAGAGACUUGGUGCUGUACUUGGGGGACAACUUCGGCAACAGAAAAACAUGGAGGAUUCCGACGUUCAGAACCGGAGGCGGAUUGUUUUGGUGGUUCGCGCAGCAGCGAUGGAUGAGCCACCGUGAGAAGCUAGCCAGUUUGGGUUUUCCAGUCACCGCAGUAUGGGAGUUCCUGAGCUCCCAAUUAAGGACAGGUGCCGUGCAGCAGCUAUCAGUGGAAACUCAAUGA